AUGGAUUUGUGGAAUAAAACCAACAAUUUAAUGGCCGUCUUUUUAAGCACAGACAGAAAUCCAAACACUAACUACGUUCUUACAAAAACGAAUUCAUCAGAGGCUGUUUUAUUCUAUUUUGUAACAUACAUCUCAACGGCCAUCAAUUUGAUAUUGUCGUCACUGGGAGCAACUGCAAAUAUCAUCAACAUUAUCGUUUACUGGAGACUGGGGAUCAGUGAAAGUGUGAACGCCUCUUUUAUUUCACUUGCUGUGUGGACUUUAAUCAGCUGCUGUCUGUCCUGCUUGUCUGAGAUAAUUCAAGCUGUAGACAAAUUUGCACCAUUAGCAGAUGUGAACUUGCUAUCGCUUCAGUAUGUGUAUCUAGGAAACACUAAAGCAUUCUUUUACGUCAUGAUGACGUUUGUCACCGUCUAUCUCUCCGCUGAGAGAUGCAUUUGUAUUAUCUUCCCUUUGAAAGUGAAGGAGAUAUUUACUUCCAGACGGGUUAUUAUCGCCAACACAGUGGUUGUUUUAUUUGGUAUUUCUUGUUUCACUCCAGCGUGGGCCACCCAGGGCGUGCAGUGGACGUUUGAUGUUGGAACCAACAGGACACGUUUAGAUAUUUGGGUGUCUGACAACAGACGUGAUGUCGAAUUGUUCGUUGAUGCUUGUAAUGGAAUGGCACUGCCUGUGUUAGCGCAGAUUCUGAUCCUAGUAUGUACCGGGUUUAUGCUUCAGGGGAUCAGCGAUUCAACCAAAUUCAGACAAAGAUAUACAAAGAAAGAGACUCCACGAAGAGGCCUAAAUUCCAGGGAAGACGUUUGUCCAGCAGAAAUCAAAGCAAAUAUAAUUAAAAGAACAACGAUAAUGUCAGGCAAGGACCUGAAACUUACAAAAAUUGUUGUAUUGUUGGCUAUGAUAUUUUUUGUUUGUAACUUGCCUGUUUUUAUCAGCUCUUUUCUGAGAGCUUUGAUUACAGAAAUACGUGUAAACAAGCAGCAUAAUAAAUUACAUGCAUUGUUGUAUAGUUUGGUGCUUGAGUUUGGAGUUAUCAACUGUACAGUGAACAUCCUUGUCUAUUACAACGUCAGCAGCCGAUACAGACACGAGUUUCUAAUGUUAUUUAGCAGGUCUGGUUUCACUCGAGACCAUAAUUUGCAUUGA